ACACCCAAUCCUAAAACCAUGACAACAUCUCAAGCUUCUCCACAAAUUCCUCCCAAAUGCUUACAAGAGCAUGAUCUAAGUGAAGAGUGUAAGGAAUUGCUCUCUAUCCUACCAAAAGAAAAAGGAUGGAUUGGAUCGUAUAUCUACAAUUACCAAGGUUUUUGGACAUCAUCAAAAAUAAUCCAAGGUGUGAUUGCAUGUCAACAACACUUUCAAGCUCAAGAUAGUGAUAUCAUCCUUGUUACAACUCCUAAAUCAGGAACCACUUGGUUAAAAUCACUUUUAUUUGCUCUAGCAAAUCGAAUGAAACAUCCUAUAUUUGAUCAAAAUCACCCUUUACUUGUCAAGAACCCUCAUGAUCUUGUCCCAUAUUUGGAACUUAAACUCUAUAUUGAUGAACAAGUCCCUAAUUUUUCGUCCUUCACUUCACCUAGACUUUUGUCAACUCAUUUGCCAUAUGCUUCAUUGCCAAAAUCUGUCCAAGAAUCAGGAACCAAACUUGUUUACUUAUGUAGGAAUCCUAGGGACACAUUUAUUUCUAUGUGGCAUUUCUCAAAUAGUAUAAGACUUGAUUACAUAGGUACUACCAAUUCCAUUGAUGAAAUGUUUGAUCUUUUUUGUAAGGGUGUGAGCAUUUAUGGUCCGUUUUGGAAUCAUCUGUUAGGUUAUUGGAAGAAAAGCACAGAAAAGCCUAACAAAGUAAUUUUCUUGAUGUAUGAAGAAAUUAAGCAGCAACCAAAAAUUCAGCUUAGACGCUUAGCUGAAUUCUUGGAAUGUCCAUUUUCUAUAGAGGAGGAAAAUUGUGGAGUGGUGGAUGAAAUAUUAAGAAUGUGUAGCUUUGAGAAUUUGAGCAACUUGGAGGUGAACACGAAUGGGAAAUUGUCAACUGGAGAGAAAAAUAAAGUGUUCUUUCGUAAAGGGGAAGUUGGAGAUUGGAAGAAUUAUUUUACUAUAGAGAUGAGUGAGAAACUCAAUCAUGUUAUUGAACAACAGUUACAAGGGUCUGGAUUAAGGUUUUUGUACAUUUGAUUUAGUCACUGAAUGCAAGUAUUUGUUUUGAGAAUCAAUGUUGAAGCAUUUGUGUUUGAUAUUAAUGCAUGUAACAAGAACAGACUAUUGUAGUCAUGGUCUUACUAUUUUUUAGGCGUUUGUUACUCAAAUAGUCAUUCAAAUAUUUGAAUUUAUCUAGUAAAGUCUUUUUAUU